UGUUGUUGUUGGUGGCGGCGGCGAGCGGAGCCGGAGGAGCCGCCGCAAAGAUGGAGGAGCCGUCGAGGAGGCGCUGCCGCUGCUGCCGCCGCCGCUGCUGCCGCCGCCGCCCGCGAAGCCGGAGCUCGAGCCGCAGGGGGGAUGCCGUUCUGAGUGCCUGACUGCCUCGCCCCGAAGGAUGGCCUCUGAUGGGCAUUAGAGGCACAGCGGCCCCGGGCUCCUGUCCCGUCCGUCUGUCUGUUUUCGUCUGUCUCUCUUGACAUCACCGCAGCUCCACCCCCUCCCGUCCCAGCCCCCAACGCCAGCUUCCUGUGGGCCCAGAGCCGGCAUGAACUCUCCCACCGAGUCGGCAGAUGGGAUGUCAGGCCGGGAACCAUCCUUGGAAAUCCUGCCUCGGACCCCUCUACACGGCAUCCCUGUGGCAGUGGAGGUGAAGCCGGUGCUGCCGGGAGCCAUGCCCAGCUCCACGGGGGGCGGGGGUGGAGGCAGCCCCAGCCCCGCGGAGCUGCGGGGUGCCCUGGCGGGCCCUGUGGACCCCUCACUGAGGGAGCAGCAGCUGCAGCAGGAGCUCCUGGCACUCAAGCAGCAGCAGCAGCUGCAGAAGCAGCUCCUGUUCGCCGAGUUCCAGAAACAGCACGACCACCUGACGCGGCAGCAUGAGGUCCAGCUGCAGAAGCACCUCAAGCAGCAGCAGGAGAUGCUGGCGGCCAAGAGGCAGCAGGAGCUGGAGCAGCAGCGGCAGCGGGAGCAGCAGCGGCAGGAAGAGCUGGAGAAGCAGCGGCUGGAGCAGCAGCUGCUCAUCCUGCGAAACAAGGAGAAGAGCAAAGAGAGUGCCAUCGCCAGCACUGAGGUGAAGCUGAGGCUCCAGGAAUUCCUCUUGUCGAAGUCAAAGGAGCCCACGCCAGGCGGCCUCAACCAUUCCCUCCCACAGCAUCCCAAAUGCUGGGGAGCCCACCAUGCUUCUUUGGACCAGAGUUCCCCUCCCCAGAGUGGCCCCCCUGGGACGCCUCCCUCCUACAAACUGCCUUUGCUUGGGCCCUAUGACAGCCGCGAUGACUUCCCCCUCCGCAAAACAGCCUCUGAACCCAACUUGAAAGUGCGUUCGAGGCUAAAGCAGAAGGUGGCUGAGCGGAGAAGCAGUCCCCUCCUGCGUCGCAAGGAUGGGACAGUCAUUAGCACCUUUAAGAAGAGAGCGGUUGAGAUCACUGGUGCUGGGCCUGGAGUGUCGUCCGUGUGUAACAGCGCACCAGGCUCCGGCCCCAGCUCUCCCAACAGCUCCCACAGCACCAUUGCUGAGAAUGGCUUUACUGGCUCAGUCCCCAACAUCCCCACCGAGAUGCUCCCCCAGCACCGGGCCCUCCCUCUGGACAGCUCCCCCAACCAGUUCAGCCUCUACACGUCUCCCUCUCUGCCCAACAUCUCCCUAGGGCUGCAGGCCACAGUCACUGUCACCAACUCGCACCUCACGGCCUCCCCGAAGCUGUCAACGCAGCAGGAGGCCGAGAGGCAGGCCCUCCAGUCCCUGCGGCAGGGUGGCGCGCUGACGGGCAAGUUCAUGAGCACAUCCUCCAUCCCCGGCUGCCUGCUGGGCGUGGCGCUGGAGGGUGACACCAGCCCCCACGGGCAUGCCUCCCUGCUGCAGCACGUGCUGCUGCUGGAGCAGGCUCGGCAGCAAAGCACCCUCAUCGCUGUGCCACUCCACGGGCAGUCCCCGCUGGUGACAGGUGAACGUGUGGCCACCAGCAUGCGGACAGUGGGCAAGCUCCCGCGGCACCGGCCCUUGAGCCGCACUCAGUCCUCCCCGCUACCCCAGAGCCCCCAGGCCCUGCAGCAGCUGGUCAUGCAGCAGCAGCACCAGCAGUUCCUGGAGAAACAGAAGCAACAGCAGCUGCAGCUGGGCAAGAUCCUCACCAAGACUGGGGAGCUGCCACGGCAGCCCACCACCCACCCCGAGGAGACAGAGGAGGAGCUGACUGAGCAGCAGGAGGCCUUGCUUGGGGAGGGGGCCCUGACCAUCCCCCGGGAAGGCUCCACGGAGAGUGAGAGUACGCAGGAAGACCUGGAGGAGGAGGAAGAGGAGGAGGAGGAGGAGGAGGAAGAGGAGGAGGAGGACUGCAUCCAGGUCAAGGACGAGGAGGGCGAGAGCGGCACCGAGGAGGGGCCCGACUCGGAGGAGUCCAGUGCUGGUUACAAGAAGGUGUUCUCAGAUGCCCAGCAGCUGCAGCCCCUUCAGGUGUAUCAGGCACCCCUCAGCCUGGCCACUGUGCCCCACCAGGCCCUGGGCCGCACCCAGUCCUCACCUGCUGCCCCUGGGGGCAUGAAGAGCCCCCCAGACCAGCCCACCAAGCACCUCUUCACCACAGGUGUGGUCUACGACACGUUCAUGCUGAAGCAUCAGUGCAUGUGCGGGAACACACACGUGCACCCUGAGCAUGCCGGCCGGAUCCAGAGCAUCUGGUCUCGGCUGCAGGAGACAGGCCUGCUUAGCAAGUGUGAGCGGAUCCGGGGUCGCAAAGCCACACUGGACGAGAUCCAGACGGUGCACUCCGAAUACCACACCCUGCUCUAUGGGACCAGCCCCCUCAACCGACAGAAGCUUGACAGCAAGAAGCUGCUUGGCCCCAUCAGCCAGAAGAUGUAUGCCAUGCUGCCUUGUGGGGGCAUUGGGGUGGACAGUGACACUGUGUGGAACGAGAUGCACUCCUCCAGUGCUGUGCGCAUGGCAGUGGGCUGCCUGGUAGAGCUGGCUUUCAAGGUGGCAGCAGGAGAGCUCAAGAAUGGAUUUGCCAUCAUCCGGCCCCCAGGACACCACGCAGAGGAAUCCACAGCCAUGGGAUUCUGCUUCUUCAACUCUGUAGCCAUCACAGCCAAACUCCUACAGCAGAAGCUGAACGUGGGCAAGGUUCUCAUCGUGGACUGGGACAUUCACCACGGCAAUGGCACCCAACAAGCGUUUUACAAUGACCCGUCUGUGCUCUACAUCUCCCUGCAUCGCUAUGACAACGGGAACUUCUUUCCAGGCUCUGGGGCUCCUGAAGAGGUUGGCGGAGGGCCAGGUGUGGGGUACAAUGUGAACGUGGCAUGGACGGGAGGUGUGGAUCCCCCCAUCGGAGAUGUGGAGUACCUAACGGCCUUCAGGACAGUGGUGAUGCCCAUUGCCCACGAGUUCUCACCUGACGUGGUCCUGGUCUCUGCCGGGUUUGAUGCUGUUGAGGGACACCUGUCUCCACUGGGUGGCUACUCUGUCACCGCCAGAUGUUUUGGCCACUUAACCAGGCAGCUGAUGACGCUGGCAGGGGGCCGGGUGGUGCUGGCCCUGGAGGGAGGCCACGACUUGACCGCCAUCUGUGAUGCCUCUGAGGCCUGUGUCUCAGCCCUGCUCAGCGUGGAGCUGCAGCCCUUGGACGAGGCAGUCUUGCAACAAAAGCCCAACAUCAACGCAGUGGCCACGCUAGAGAAAGUCAUCGAGAUCCAGAGCAAACACUGGAGCUGCGUACAGAGGUUCGCUGCUGGUCUAGGCCGUUCCCUGCGGGAGGCCCAGGCAGGGGAGACGGAGGAGGCUGAGACUGUGAGCGCCAUGGCCUUGCUGUCGGUGGGGGCCGAGCAGGCCCAGGCUGCUGCAGCCCGGGAGCACAGCCCCAGGCCGGCAGAGGAGCCCAUGGAACAGGAGCCUGCCCUGUGACACCCUGGCCCCCGUCCCUCUGGGCUUCAUCAUUGUGAUUUUGUUUAUUUUUUCUAUUAAAAACAAAAAGUCACACAUUCAA